UCAUCUUCUCCUCCUCCUCUUCUUCUUCCGCCGCCGCUGCCGUCGUUCCGCCUUCGGUUGCGGCGGCGACCGCCGCCUCUUCAUCCUCCCUCCCUUCGUGCAACGACGGGAUCACGAAGAAGAAGGCGAGGAAGAACAGGUACAGAGGGGUGCGACAUCGGUCGUGAGGGAAGUGGGCGGCGGAGAUUCGAAACCCUGAGAAGGCCGUCAGGCUCUGGCUCGGGACGUUCGAGACGGUGGAGGAAGCCGCCAGGGCCUACAACAGGAAGGCCAUCGAGUUACGCAAGGAACGCGCCUAGACUAAUUUCCCGACGGCCGAGUGCGCCGGAGAUCAGACAGUAG